AUAAAGAAGAAGAAAUAGUUUAAAAUGUAAAUAUGUUUAGAGAAUCUUUUAAAUAUUAUAAAUCAAAAGAUCCAUUACCAACAUUUGAAGACGUUUUAAAUAUACAUAAACCUAAAUUAUUAUUAAAUAACGGUAUUAUAACUAAACUUGAUAUUAAUAAAUCUAGUCCGCAAUAUGGUUUAAGAAGUACGGAAGAUUGGGAAGUGUAUGUAAUAAAUUCCCGUAAUGGUUUGAUUUUUAUAAAAAAUCCUUUUACCCCUCACGGACAAAGGUAUUGGAUCACGCGUUGUUUGAAAGAUUAUUCCAAAAAACCACACAAACUAAAUAUAGAUAAUACAAAUAUUUUAAAAAGUGAUGAAAAUUGGUGGGAAGAAGGACGAAAAAAUAAAAAGAUAAUCGAUAGUUUGAGAUGGUCUACGUUUGGUUAUCACCACGAUUGGGACACUAAAAUUUAUUCGGAAGAAAAUAAAUGUCCUUUUCCGGAAGAUAUUAAAAAUAUGACUAAAUAUGUAGCGGAACAGUUUGGUUUUGACGAUUUCACAGCCGAGGCCGCUAUAAUUAAUUACUAUCAUCUGGAUUCGACACUUUCCGGUCAUACUGAUCAUUCAGAACAAAAUUUGGAAGCGCCCUUAUUUUCUUUUAGUUUCGGACAAAGUGCUAUUUUUUUAAUAGGGGGUGAAACAAUUGAUGAGAAGCCUUUAGCAAUGUAUAUACACAGUGGUGAUAUUUUAAUUAUGAGUAAAGAAUCGAGACUGUGUUACCAUGCGGUGCCUAGAAUAAUUAAGACCAAUUAUGAGGUGUGGAAUGACGAAUAUCAAAUGGAAAAUUCAGAUUUCAAACAUUGGGAACCUUUUAAUAAUUAUUUAAAUUAUUCUAGAAUAAAUAUUAAUGUUAGGCAGGUUUUAAAUAAAGGACAAUUAAAAUUAUAACAAA